GAGAGGAGAUCAGAGGAGAGGAGAGCGGAUGGUGCCGGAGGAUGAGCCGGAAUCACUUGAUUCAGAUCCUCUGGGCUGUGUUGGCCGUGGCUCAGGCCGAGAGAUUCACGGUGAGCGGCCCCUCGCGCCCAGUCACAGCCACCGCUGGUUCCCGUGUGGUGCUGGACUGUAAGUGCUCCGUAUCCCUGAGGCCGGAGGGUGUGGAGAUCAGGUGGUUCAGGACCAGGUUCGACUCCCCCGUGUACUUAUACAGUGAGGGACGGCCUCAACUAGAAGAACAGGAUGAGGUCUACAGACGCAGAGCACAGCUGUCGACAGAGAGGUUGUCGGAGGGGUUUGCGUCCCUCACACUGGCAGAUGUGCGGGACCGAUAACGGGACCUACACGUGUUUUGUUGACUACGACGGAUCGUAUGAAGAUGCAAAGAUCCAAUUACAGGUUACAGCGCUUGGCCGCCAGCCGUGGGUUCACAUUGAAGAGCAGCUCAACGGUGGUGUGAGGCUGUUGUGUGAAUCCAGUGGGUGGUUCCCGGCACCAGAGGUUGUGUGGACUGAUGAUCGGGGACAAAACUUAACACCGGUCAGUGUCGCGACGGUCAGAGAGGACUCUAAAGGUUUCUUCAGCGUUGAAAGUCAAAUAGAAAUCAAACCGUCGACCAACACGAUCAGGUGUGUGAUUCGCACCGCGGAUCAUCAACAAGAAGCUAAACUGCGAAUCUCAGGUCAGUGAAUACAUGAGACAGAUAUCAGUGAUACUCUGAGAGAUGUGUGUGUGACAGAUGUUAGUGA